GUAAAGAAGCGCCUUGAAAUUCUCUCUCUCUUCCAAUAAGCUUCCAUUUCAAGCUUCGCCGGUGCUUCUAAUCGGACGGCUGAAAUAUAGUUUUCCCCCCACUUUUAGCGAAACCCGUACUAAAAGGCAAUCUAAGUUAUUGCCAAGGAUAAAGCUUACUGUGGAGAUUCCCAUCUGUAAUAGAAAGUUCUAUCUUUCCCCUGAAAGCUUUUCAACAGCUUCAACAAAUGGUAGUGAAAGUUGCGGAAACGGCGGCGCGUUUACAAUGGUCCCAGCCACCAUCUUCUUCCCAAGCUUUAGCAUCGGCAGUCUCUUCGCCUUCCCUUCCGAGGCGUUGCCGUUACGGCAGCGUUCUUAAUCUCAAGACCGUUCUAAGAUUCAACCGGUCGGCUCUCUUCGUUACAAACUCAACCUUCAUCCAACGGUCCCGGGAGAAACCUAGAUCUGGAACUUCACGACGAGCCUGCAGUGCAAGCUUAGACUCCUCCGAUGAAGAAUUUUCAAAAAAAAUUCAAGAAUUGGUAUUCAGAUUCCAAUUAUCGGACAAUGAUGGAACCGCUAGCAGCACAAGUAACGGGAAUGAUCGAGAUUCCGAACGGGAAAGAGAAUCCGUUUUCGAUUCCGAUUCCGUACUGGAAUCUUUGGGAUUCAACGAACAAUCAUUGUGGGAGGAAAGAGGGGAAGAAAUGGCCUCAUCAAGCAUAGAACGUAAAGCCAACAGCGUGGAUCUUCCGCUUUCCCUGCGAAUGAUUAAGAGGAAAUUACAAUGGCAAGAAGGGUUCCGAGAGCCGGGGGAAUCAGCUUAUUGUUCAAUUAAAAAGGCGUUUUCUUCGAUGGUUUUCAUAAUCCGAGAGCUUCAUAGUUACACUUUGCAUAUGCGAGAACCUUUGUAUUACGAGGAUUUACAAGGGAUUCUCGUUAGAGUUCAAAAAGAGAUGCACGCUUCGUUCGUUUGGUUGUUUCAACAGGUUUUUUCUCACACACCCACUUUAAUGGUUUACGUGAUGAUCAUGUUAGCCAAUUAUUCAGUUCAUUCCAUGGGAAGCAACGCCGCGAAUCCAACGACGGGGACUUAUGUUUCCACGGUAAAUGUCCAAGAUCAGAAGUAUUCCAAGUUAGAUUCUUCGUCGAUAAAGUCGUUUUCGCUAUCGUCAUCGAGCGGUAAAACCAUAUCAAUUGGCGGAAACAGUGGCGGAGGCGGGAAAGUCCGACCGGUCGCCAGCGGAACAGACGACGAUGGAUGGUUUAACAAAGCCGACCAAUUCAGUACCAUCUUUCCCGAUGGCUUGUCAUCUCCAGGAACAACAGGGGAAACACAGAGAGAUUCAACGAAAGAGGGCAGCAGAGAAGAAGAGCUCACUCUUUGGAACUCGAUGGUGGACGAAGCUUCGAAAAUGAUAGCUUCAGUGAGAGACGAAACGGUGGAUCAUGAAACAGUUGGGAGAUUUGUAUCGCCGGUGACGGCAAUAAUCGAACCGGACGGUGAUCAUGAAGACUAUUUCAGAACGGAGCUGCUUUAUCAAACGGAGUUGUCACGAGAGCCUAAUAACGCCGUCCUCCUUGCCAAUUAUGCUCAGUUUCUCUACCUUGUUGCACAUGAUUACGACAGAGCGGAAGAGUACUUCAAGAAAGCAAUAGGGGUGGAGCCAGCGGAUGCGGAAGCAUACAGUAAAUACGCGAGUUUUUUAUGGAAGGCGAGGAAUGAUUUGUGGGCGGCGGAGGAAACAUUCUUGGAAGCCAUGUCGGUAGAUCCAACCAACUCUUAUUACGCCGCCAAUUAUGCUCAUUUCCUAUGGAACACCGGCGGGGAAGACACUUGCUUCCCUCUUCCCUCCCCGGAACAAGCUUGAAAUUUUAGACAAUUACCUCUGUUCCCCUGAUUUUGUUUGUAAGAUAACAAAAUUAAAGCCUUUCUUAUUUUA